AUGACCGACGUUUCAGCCGACCAGCAACUCGAGAGCCUUUUGAUGUGGAUGACGACAAAUCCUGUAUCCGAUUCUGAGGCUAUUUGGAUUGAGGAUUUACGCCAAGGACGGGUAGUCCCUACAGCUAAUGAUCAAUCUGAUACAAUUAGCUGUCAAGACACGAUCUCCUAUCGGGGAUCCCCUACACCAGAGGAGGCCAAACUACCAUCGCCACCUACAACGCUUUCCGAGUCAGAUGACUCAAAAAUUAGGUCCGGCGAAGCAGCUGCUUCUCAACCACCCGGCCACAAAGUUGAGAAACGGGAGCGGGGAGUCGAGGAUGUCAGUAGUACCACUACUGCACCUCUGGCCAAAAAGCCCCGCCAAAGAGCGAAGAAGACCCCUGCCAAAAGGCAAAAAUCUUCCGCAGCCAAGAUCCCAUUGACUGCGGAGCAAAAAAAGGCAGCUAGGGAGGUCAAGGCUGAGGAGGAGCGCCAACUUUAUCAGAAACAAGGCUUCAAGCCUCGGGUUAGGAAAGAGCUCGAAGUCAAAUUGGAUGCAAUUGGCGUUCCACUACCAGCCGAGGGACUCCCGGAGGAACUGACGGUGGUCGAGAGGAAACCCCGCGCUCCCCGAACCAAGCCAAAGCAAGAAAAUCCUUGA